AUCAAGGAAUUUUAGAAUUUUCUUCAAUUUUAUUAAUUUAUAUAUUAAUCAAACUUACUUGUCAUGUGUUGCACAUUUGGUGGUAUGACUUUUUGGGGAUUAAUUGGAAGGACUAAUUUAUGUAAAACUCGCGGUAAAGAUGUUUUGUUACUAUUGUAUAUAGACUCUCUUGCAACACCAAUUAAUGCAAUUUCAGUGAUUCUUGGUAUGCUAUUUCCAUUAAUCAGACCAGUCGUUUCUAAAUCGAAGAAUAUAAACGUUUGAAUCCCCAUUCUUUUAUAUAUUGACUUGCAGGACUCUCCUUUCUUUUCUUCUCCGCACUAUCUACAAUAAUAACACGCUUAUUGUAAUUUCAAUUCUAAUAAAAAUACUGAGCAGUAUAACUUUUCAAAACUUUGUUUUACGUACCGAGAAGCGUCGAAUAAACUUUUAUCAAAAUCUUGAUAAUACGAUAAAAUAUAAUUUUGAAAUAAUAAUAUGAAUAUGAUAAAAAUAUACAAUUGUAUCAUUUAAAUAUCUCAUUUACAAGUCAUUUAUAGAAAUAUUAUGCAGUCAAAUUUCCAUGCAAUAUUAUAACGUUGUAAGAUCUUUAUUCUGGCUAAAACUUCUGUACAUUUCAUAUUUUAUUUUGAUUUUCUUAACAUUAAAAACGAUGCACUUUUGUUUUUAAAAGCAGAAACUAACCAUUCGGAAUAUAACUCAACCUAACUUGCCACUCCCAAUGAUUCAUUAUCAAGUGACUAUCUAUGAGAGGAAUGAUUGGUCGACUUCCCGCGUCUGCGCAAAUUUCAAAUUCAUAUCGUGAACAGACCUUAAUGUUGUGUUAGCAAAAUGUAGACUGCAAGAGGUUAUACGGCAAAUUAUCUUUAUUAUUAUAUAAAUAGAAAUGAAAAUAAAGAGUUUGUAAUAAAUUUCACAUUUGUAAUAAAUUCCAUAAAAAGAAAAGAUGUCGAUAAACGAUAGUCGUCUGCAUACAGUGAAUGACAUAUUCAAUAGAAUGUCCAAGGAUUUCGUGACUGUGGAUGGCAACGUGAAGAAGAUUCAAAGAGAGAAUCUGACAUCGUAUAAAGUAGCAACUGUCAUUUUAAUUAAAGUUUAUUGUAAUGAACCUACAAAAGCAAUCGUGGAGAGACGCGAUUUUUGUUUAGCGUCAUUGAAAUUAAUUCAGUCAGCGGAUAUGGAAUUGAGCACUCUAUUGGACAUGUUGUACGAAUCAGAAUAUGCUUUGCAUCGGUUUGCUGAUCAGUUGGAAGUGGAAUUGGAUGUCUUGGAUGAGAAAGGGGUAGAUGGGUUAUUGGAUCUGUUUGAUAGCCUUCGUCGAUUGAUGGAACCCAAAGAUCAUUCGCUCUCUUUACCCGCAUUGAACAGGAAUUCUGUUCUUGGCCUGUACGUUCGUAGGAUGCUUAUAUUUUUUGAGAAAUUGGCCUUUGAUCAAGUAGUCACCCUCUACAAUGAUCUAAAAAAAUAUAUUGGGAGAAAAGUCAAUAAUCCAGAAAACUCUGAUAUCUCUGUAAUUUCUAAGAAAGAGUUUGGUUCACAAAAAGCAAAAACGACUUGGGGUGGAAGACAGGCAGAAUUACUUCUAGCACAGCAAGCUCAUGCAUUACAGACCGAUGAGUAUAAAGCUCUGCCACCGAUGGAGCUGCAUAGUCUUGUUCAAGAUCUUUUAAAAUCUACUCCUUAUAAUGCAGAUGCACAUUAUUUGAGUUACUUAAAUUGCAUUCGUGUAAGCGAUUUUUGUGGAGCAGUAGACAGUCUGUAUCAUUGUUUUGAUAGACUGGCACCUUUAGAGAGCCAAUCUACAGCUGAGGAUCGAGCUCGUACAUUUCGAUACGCGGCGCUCAACUUAGCCGUUUUACACGCUCAAUUCAAGCACAAGGAAAUAGCGCAGUAUGCUUUAAAGGAAGCUAUUAAAUUAGCUCAGGAAGCUCAGGACAAUGUGUGCUUGCAGCUCGCGCAUUCCUGGAUGUCCUAUUUGACCAGUGAAGAAAAUAAAGGACCUCUCAUAGAACGUUCGGUCGGCAAAGCGAGUUUGCUUGGAAUUACACAUACGACAGGUUUAAGCCUCAUUUCGCACGCGCAUAAUUAUGCUCUGGAGGCCAAGAGUCCCCCACAAAUAUUCGAUAUAUUGAUGAAAUCGGACAUGUUAAAUUGUCAGCAUUCAAUGUCCGACUUAAUGUCCAUUACUUUUGCGGAGAAAUCCGCAUUGUGGGCGUAUUAUGGUAAAAUGGAAAUGAGCUCUCUUUGCGCCCAACUGCUGCUUCUCCACAACACGGGUGAUAAGAAACAGCACAUGUUCAACGGACCAUCCACGUGCCAGGCAAUUGUCACUGUCGCCAAUAUGUUGAUCGAAUUCGGCGAAUAUAUUCUCGCGGAUGUUGUACUGCUUCAUGCCAAGAAGAGAUUUCCCAACAAUCCUUGCAACGAAAUAUGGAUGCUGAGCGAACAAUUGCAUAUAUUUACGCAAUUGAUGAGGCAAGAGAAAUGGAGUGAGGCGGAGGCAAUAGCCAAAAGUAUUUUCAAUUUAGAUAAAUUUGAAUGUAAUCUUAAGUUGGCGGAAGUUUGCUUGGCGAAAGGCGAUUUCGAAAAAGGGCUCGAGUACGUCAACAUGGAACAUGAAGAUGCGACUCCGUUGUAUACAAUACGCGCAACACUUCUCUCCAGCCAGAUCAUGUGCGCUUCGUCGACCCCAGACAAUAGGACAGUGAUUGCUACUAAUUGCAUGAUGCGUCUUUGUUUUGCCUUGGAAUUAGCCACACGAAAUCAUCUGUCAUAUUACAAAGCGCUUGUCAAGAUGCAUCUCGCUAACGUACAAUUGUUGAUGGGCUUGCCUACGUCGGUCUUGAAUCUGGUCGAGGACGCUAUCCCCACAAUCCUAGGUCAUGGUGGCUGUUACGAUCAAGGCAAAGCCUUCAUGUUGUACGGCAAAUGUUUGAUAUCUUCGGCGCCGGAGAAUCCCUUCGAGAUGCGGAAGGAGGUGAUCUUAACUGGAUUAAAGACUCUGUCGAAGGCGCAAGCACUCUUUACCAAGGUCAACGCUAUUGCGAAGGUCAAGAGCACUUUGCAACUGCAAGCUGUGUUUUACAAUGAAAUCGAUCUUCAGCUUGAACGUAAUCAGUGCGCCUUUGAAUUUCGCCAACUGGACGAACAAUACCUAAUAGCUCCUAGCAAUCCGUUUUUGUAUUAAAAUUUAUAAGAGGUUGAUUUUUUUUACAUAAAAAUAUGGAAAAAAUAGAAAAACGGAGAGAUUCUUUGCGAAAAGAAAACUUCCCUUUCUCUUUUUUUUUAUUAUUCCAUUUUUCGCAAUUCA